AUGCUUAGGAUUAUGGCAACUGGCGCGAUCCUGACAGAUAUCCUGCCUUUGCAAAGCCCAGCCACUGUUUGUCUUCGGAGCUGUGUUGUGGGUAUGUUGUAUGCAGGGUUGCGGGCGCACGCGAAAGAGCGCUUUUUGCACAGGGCGCUGCCGCUUCCACGGCAGCUGUCGCACCAACGGCAGCUGCCACUACUGCCGUUGCCAACUCCGCCGCUGCGAGGUCUCCCGGCUAGGCCACGACAGCCCAUCAGACUCAAACACCCCCCGCCAGCAGCGGCGGCUGCAGCGCGACCUCCGCGGCCAAUGCCACAGUAUCGGCUGCAGGGACACCUAGCUCCGGAACUACCGUACCGUCAAGCUCUGCCCCCUCGCCCGCAGCUGGCAAGAGCGCCAAUGAGUGAUCCGCCAGUUCCCCACAACCCCGACCAGGUUUCUCAGCUGCUGAUUCAGCAUGCUACUGCCCGGGGCCCGCUUCCGCUACUGCCGCAGCAGCGUCACAUGGCAGUAAAAAAGGCCCAACGUCAGGUACAUGGCAGACCCUUUGACAGCCGUAUGCCUCAAUGGUCUGUGCCGUACAAUCGGGAGGAGUUUGUAGUGGAGCCGGAAGAGGUGUCGUACAGCAGGUACAGCAUCGUUCAGCAUGACCAAGGAUUUGAGCGGGCCUCACGUGAAACGGAGAGUGACAGGAUGCCACGGUCAUCCGACGCUGCUGCCAUAGCCGCUGCAGCGGCGGCGGCGACUGCAGCAGUAGCAGCGGCAUCACCGUUUCCAGGGGGCCACGACCAACGCAAAUCCGGCUCCGGAAACGGUUACCUGACGGAGUGCAACGGUUAUCACUACGGCAGUCGUGGUGAUGGUGAUGACGGCGGCACCGGUGGUGCGUGCACUGAGUACAUGUACGUCAUGCAACACCGGCGCCUGGCAGCGCGCCACCUAAGGCCGAGUCCCUUCAAGGGCUUCAUCAGCGCUGUAGGCGAUGGUGGUUUUGAGGGCAACCGCAGCAGUCUUCCAAAGCGAUGUACACCGUGGCAGCCACGUCUCCAUGACCACACGGGGCAGCCAGGUCUCCAUGACCCCGGCGGUACAGAUGCCGCUGCUACUGCGGCCCUGCAGGGCCGCUCAAGCCUAGGGCCCCUGCUUGGGCGUUUCAGCGGCCCGAUGGUAUCGGCAGUACGGAGCGGCCUUGACGGCGCACUGGGUGAGGAGGAGGAGGCAGAGCCAAGGCCUCGAGGCAGAGCUGGACUGGCCGUGGCGACGUUUCCGGCAGCGGCACCGGUUGGACCUGGCGCUGUGAUGGGCUUCUGCAGUGAUGCCAGAUACGGUGCUGCGCAUCGCGGUAAAAUAUGGCACGGCGUAGGUGCUAGGUACGACGAUGCAGGACACGGCGCCUUCAUGCCGUACAAUGAUGCUACAGUGUACGAUGAUACGGAUAUAUCAUUAGUCCAAGGUGGGCAUUCGCGCAGUUGUAAUGUGCGGAACGGUGUUAUCCGCCGGCGCAAGCCUUUUGACCCGCCUCUUUUCCAAGCCACGGCGUACGGCAGUAGAGCGGAGUACGUGAACGGCAUACCGUACGAACAGAUUACCAGCGUGCCAAGCUGGGAUGCGCAGCCAGCUGCUGAACAGCAGGAUGCUCCUGCGGCGGCUCCUUUGUCAUCGCCCGCAGCACCAUCGCUGGCCUGCCGGCCUACUCCUUGCACGGUGCCGCUUCCAGCGAUGGCGGCGGCCGUUCCAACGCCGGCUCGCGCCAGUUCACCUUCAGGGUCCUUUCGCCGCAGUGGUGGCGGCGACAGCGGGGGUGGCAGCGGCACUGCUGGCGCCGCUGCUGACGCUGCUGCUGCUGCUGCUGCUGGUGUCGAGCCUACCGCCUCCGCCGGCCUUAUGGGCAGUGAAGUAAGUCUUCCUCCCGAUUGCGGCGCUGGCUGGCUGACCCAGCUGGUAGCCAUUUCUCCUCGCACAACCGCCCAGCUCAUCACCGCCUGCACCGGCACAAUGCCCGGUUCCACUAAUACAGCUGUUGUUACGGGUAACGGUACGGCUACCUGUACGAGUAUCAGCACAGGCAUUGAUGGCUCGCAGUCAGCAUGGCGCGGAGGAUCCCUGGCCACCGCCGCCGCCAGACCUGCCUGGGCUCCAGAACAGCCCUCGGCUACCGCCGGCGCCGUCAGCAGUUGUGAUGCCGGCGGCAGCGUCGGCGGCGCCGGCGGCGCCGGCGGCGGCAGUGGCGCUGCCGCCAAAGGCGAUAUUCCUUUCACUAUCGACGAGGCGACGGGGCGACAACUGCUAGCGGAGCGCUUCCGGUCGCGUCCAGGGCGCGUUCCGAAGGCCAUGACGCAACUGGGGCCCAUAGCAGCUAUUGCGAAAGAUGCUGCCAACGGCCGGCUGCAGCUGAGUGACGACGAAUUAACGCAGCUGGUGGCGGCCAUUGAAGCGAAGCUGGCCAAGGCCGCCACAGAGCAAAAGGAGGACAGCCGGGCACGCAACAGGGUGGCACAACAGAUGCACCGCAACAGGCAAAAGGAGCGAAUACAGCAACUUGAGGCGAAGGUUUCGGAGCAGGUCGUGCUCAUCGCGCAGCUGGUGUGCAUCGUACAGGACUUGCAGGAGCAGAUGCGGCAGCUUUGCGACCGGCAGGGCAAGGCCUGGCAGGAAUUCCCGGGACUGUCAGAGCUAUUGGAGGCAGCGCAGUCCCAGCUGCUGUCGCCGCCAGCUCAACAGCAUCAACAGCCGGACCAAUUGCAAUGGAAGCGACAGCAGCAGGCACCUGCUACCGCUGCAAAACCAACCGGGCCGCGGCCGUUGUCAGCGCAGCGUCCAGCAGCGUGCAGCGAACAACGGAAGCGGGUACAGAAGCCGCAGCAGGCUCAGCAGGCUCAGCAUGAAGAAAAAGAAGAGGUGAAAGAGAGAAAGCAACAGUCCUCGCAGAAGCAGAUUCAGUCACAAGUGGUGCAGCCGCACGAGCAGGCGGGCCGUGUGCAAACACCUCUUGAGCAAAGGCCUUCAGCACAAGGACGAGGGCAUGAUGGCAAUGGCUAA